GGCUAGCUGAGAGCUCGACUACCGACCAGACAACCAGAAACAUUUGCGCCGUUGUUCUGUCAACUGAAGUUGGUCUGGUUAAUCGUCUUUGAGAAAUCAGGCGUCCGGCUGCUGCCAGUGAUCGCAUGCAGCAAUUGACCUUCUGCCCAACCGAGGAUCGACAUGCAGCUCCGGCGUGGACUAUUGGCUUGUUCAUCAUGACGCCUCCCAAGACCAGUGCAAUAUGAAGUGGAGAAGAUGUUUCGCUGCCCUUCGGGCUCUGGCAUCAUCCUGAUUCCUGAGAGUAUUUUUCUUCUGGAUUGCUCAUGGCAAUUAGAGUCGAGCCUAAACCCUGCCAGGUCCAACAGUCACUGCAGGUUCGACUUGCCAUAUUUGCGGGGUGUGCAGGCCAAGACAGCCCUAUGUAGUAUCAAUGCAAAGUCGGCUGUACUGCUGCCUACCCCAUAGUAACAUCAAAAGCCCAGGGCCUCCAACUUGUCGCCACUCUGAACGCAUACAUACCUCUUUACUUACCCAUCCAAAAGUUGUCUUUUCUCAAAGCGCAAACCACCAGAUCUCAAAGCUUUAUUCAUUCGCCGCCCUACCCGACAGCUGACUUUGUUGUCAAGCGACUCGCACCCUAUCCAAGACAUUGUUGCAAUUGGUCUUUAACAGCUGCUACCCCUUGACUACUGGCCUCACCUGACAGCCAAAUCCCAACAACACUAGAUUUUCGGUUAUAGACUCCAUUUCCCGUUUGCCUAGGUAACAACAGCAGCAUGGCGGACCACACCAGUUCUCAUCACAAUUCAGGGUCUGUUCCCCGACAAAGAGCAUACUGCGACGAGAUGCAGCGCAAAACUCGCGAGCAAUGCGGCUUUCCCAAGGCCGAGUCGUCGCUCCCAGACCUUUCCAAGUCGUCCAAACGUGUGAGCUCUAGCUCGCGCGGAUUCAGCCUGGGCAAUAUCUUGUCGUUUCUGGGCAAUAGGAACCCCAAGCCUCGACCCAUCACAGCAGAGGACACCGUCUGGCUGCUCGACAAUGUCGCCUUUCGGGAUGAGGCCAGCGGCCGUUGGACUGCAGAGUUCGUCGCCGUUGCCAUGGACCAGAAGCCCAGCGUCACGCCCUUUGACGCUGUGCAGGCGGUCGCGCGGACCAUUGGUCUCAACGAGACCGACGAGGGCAUUGAGAUCCUCGAGCAGCGCCUGAUGCCAUUCCUGCAGGACAUUUUGCCUGGGCGCGAGGUCGUCGCGCUGCAUAGGGGCCAGCAGCGUCUCAGGCUCGGUCCGGGUGGUAGGAACGGCAUCAGCAGCGACCUGCGUCAUCUUCCCGAUAGCACGCCCGGGACAGUGGUCAACACUGUGGCCCAGGUUCCCGAGGGUGCAGAUGGCAUACUGACCAUGAAGACCUUUUUCGCCGAGCCCGAGGGCUGGGCCGUCGUUUCUGACGUCGACGACACCAUCAAGAUUACCCAGACGUCUGAUCCGAUUGGCAUCCUCCGCAAGACCUUCCUCGACGAGCCGACGCCUGUGCAAGGAAUGCCGGAACUUUACGCCUGGAUCCAGGACAAGAUAACCCCCGCCGCCCCUUGGUUCUACCUCUCGGCCAGUCCCUACAACCUCUACCCGUUUUUGACCGCAUUCAGGGACAUGUACUUUCCGCAUGGGCAACUGAUUCUUCGGGAUCAGAGCUGGAUGAGCAUCAGCGGCCUACUCAGCAACCUGACGCUCGGGACGGAGGAGUACAAGGUUUCCAGGCUCCAGAAGGUGCAUGACUGGCUCCCAAAGCGCAAGAUGAUCCUGAUUGGGGACAGCACACAGAGUGAUCCUGAAGCCUAUGGCGAAAUAUACCGUGGAAACCCUGGGUGGGUCAAGCUUAUCCUCAUUCGUAAAGUCACCGAUAUUACUUCUAUCGGGAUUGAGAGCAAGAACGAACCCAAGAGGUUCGAGGAAGCGUUCGAAGACGUGCCCAAGGACGCAUGGCACGUGUUUGAAGAUCCCGCAGAGUGCCAAAAGCACAUUGAACGGGUUCUGGCGGCGUAAGAAGCCAUGGGAUGCAAUUGGUUUAUUUUUGAACUUGGUUGUAGUGUCGGUGGUCUCCGUAGAUUGGGACGCAUAUUCCAUCUGUCGUGUUUUCUCUUCUUAUACCCUACAUUCUGUCUUUGAUUUGCUCUAUGGAGAUAUAGUGUCCCUUUCCUUGUUACGUAGCUUGGUUUAGAUCAGUCCAGUUUCCUGUAAUUAACCAUUAAUUGAUGGUAACAACUUCUGCUCCUAUAAUUCAUUAGCAUACUGUCCCAG